UGAGCGGUGUCUCAUGUUUGCAGUCAGACUGCCGGGGCUGGAGUGAAAUAAGUCCGACGAAGAAACCACCAUAGGCUUUACAGUCUACACUGAGACAUUUUUAGUGUAAUUCCUUUCCGUCUCUAUCCUGCUUUGGUUUAAGCACAAGGUUUUUUCACCGAGCGCUCCAAGCUUACAAAGGACAUUUUGCGAAUUUUGGACAGUUUAUAUUUUCUUUUGUUGCUGGUCAGUUCGUUGCGAUAGACCAAGGUCGAGCGCAGUUUAACAACUGCACGUUUAUUGGAUAACACCUGUCCUGACAGUUAUAUGUAAUUUUAUACAUUUCUUUAUUUUUUCUGUGAAAGUCAAAGUUUCGCCAGACUUGGGUAGCAUACCCGAAAACCUUCUUGACGUGGCUGGCUCAAAGGGUCCUGGAAAGCCUUCGGGUGACUGUCAGGUAUGUCUGUAGCAGUCAGCCAGUCUCCAGACAGGUAACUUGGUGAGCUGUCGCUGCCAUGGCAACGCUGAAGCUGCAGUUGUUGCCGGUCAUCGCCGUGGCCCUGUGGACAACCUGGGUGUCGGCACAGGAUCAAGAGUGGCACUUUAACUCAGCUCAGUGUCGUUAUGCCCUGGGCAUGGAAGAUGGCAGUAUCCCUGACUCAGCCAUCACCGCCUCCAGCGCCUGGUCUGACUCAACUGAAGCCAAGCAUGGCAGGUUGAGCACGGGUGAGGGGGAUGGGGCGUGGUGUCCGAUGGGGGCAGUGUACCCCAGCGGCUCUGAGUAUCUCCAGGUUGACCUUGGAGCUCUUCACUUCCUGUCCUUGGUUGGCACACAGGGUCGCCAUGCCGACGGCCAUGGACAGGAGUUUGCCCGCAGCUAUCGGCUGCGCUACUCCCGUGACGGACGCCAGUGGUUCACCUGGAAGGACCGCUGGGGCCAGGAGGUGAUCUCAGGCAAUGAGAACACUUACGACGUUGUCCUCAAGGACCUGGGCCCCCCUGUUGUGGCUCGUAUGGUGCGCUUCUACCCUCUGGCCGACCGCGUCAUGAGCGUGUGUCUGAGGGUGGAGCUCUACGGCUGUCUGUGGAAUGAUGGUCUGAAGGCCUACACAGCUCCUGUAGGGCAUGUCAUGCACUUGUCUGGCGCCCCUGUCUAUCUGAACGACUCUACCUAUGAUGGCAGCAUCGAGGCAGGGGUACAGUUUGGUGGUCUGGGCCAGCUGUGCGACGGCGUGCUGGGUGGCGAUGACUUCACCGAGAGCAAGGAGUUGCGCGUGUGGCCAGGCUACGACUACCUGGGGUGGAGCCGCGAGGCGCUGGGCCAGGGCAGUGUGGACAUCGAGUUCCACUUCGAGAAGACGCGCACCUUCCACACCAUGCAGGUCCAUAGUAAUAACCGCCACACGCAGGGCGUCCGCGUCUUCAACAAGGUGGAGUGUGUGUUCAAGCCGACACUGCUGCAGCCCUGGUCAUCGCCGCCGCUCACCCUCCUGGUGCCCCUGGCCGACCUGAAGGACCCCUCCUCGCGGCCCAUCUCACUGCCACUCGGCGGGCGUCCCGCCCAGAUCCUGCGCUGCCAGUUCUUUUUCACCGACCCCUGGCUCCUGAUCAGUGAGAUCUCCUUCUACUCCGAGCCGUACGUGGAGAAUUUCUCGGAGACGGCCUCCGUUGUCCCGGUGCCUCCUCCCGCCUCGCCCUCCAGCACCCCCUCUCCUGCCGCUGCCGUGCCCACCUCCCCUCGGCCCUCCCUCACUCCAGAAGCAUCCAACCGCACCAGUGAGCCCACCGACCCCCCCACGACAGUCACCCAACCCGUGACGAACAGCACGGUCAACGAAGCACUGGCAGGGGUCGAGUUCGCUGCCAUGACCCCCAGGCCAGGCGUGCCCGUCGCCAAGGACGACAGCAGCAACACGGCCAUCCUGAUUGGCUGUCUGGUGGGCAUCAUCCUGCUGUUGCUGGCCGUCAUCGCAGUGAUCCUCUGGAGGCAGUACUGGAAGAAGAUACUGGGAAAGGCCCAGGGCAGUCUGUCGAGCGACGAGCUGCGCGUCCACCUCUCGGUCCCCGCCGACAACGUGGUGAUCAACAACACACACAGCUACUCCAGCCGCUACCAGCGCAUCCACACCUUCCCCGACGAGCGGGAGCGUGAGGGCGAGGGCGAGUACCAGGAGCCCAGUGCCCUGCUGCGGCCCCGCGACGACUGUGACAGCACAGCCUUGCUGUUAAACAACCCAGCCUAUCACCUUCUCCUGUCAGAGGCGAGGUAUGUGCCCAGCUGGCUGACAAACGCCCCCAGGUCUCAGGAAAAGCCCCAGAAUGUGCCCCAGGCCUGUGGCGUUGACAUGGACAUGGAGAAGUUUCCGUCCACCCAGGACGAGCCGCCACCGUACCCCGGAGCACCACCGUAUCCCCACGGCCCCUCGUCGUCCCCUCCCCCGCCACUGCUCCCCCCGCUGGGCCCGGCCAGCGUGCCGCACUACGCCGAGGCCGACAUCGUGUGCCUGCAGGGAGUCAGCGGCAACAACACCUACGCCGUGCCGGCGCUGUCCUCCUCGCCGCCCGACUGCCCGCCGCUGCCCGAGCUGCCGCGCCACUGUCUGCUCUUCAAGGAGAAGCUGGGAGAGGGCCAGUUUGGGGAGGUCCACUUGUGUGAGAUCGAGAAUCCUCAAGAUCUGCCCAACCUCGAGUUCCCCUUCAACGUGAGGAAAGGCCGCCCCUUACUGGUGGCAGUGAAGAUCCUGCGCCCAGAUGCAUCUAAGAAUGCAAGGAAUGACUUCCUGAAGGAGGUGAAGAUCCUGUCUCGGCUGAAGGACCCCAACAUCAUCCGGCUGCUGGGCGUGUGUGUGAGCAGCGACCCGCUCUGCAUGGUCACCGAGUACAUGGAGUGUGGAGACCUUAACCAGCACCUGUCCCAUAGGGUGCUGCUGGACAAGUCUGGACCCUCUCACAACACACCAACCAUCAGUUACCCGGCUCUAAUCUCCAUGGCCAGUCAGAUCGCCUCUGGCAUGAAGUUCCUGUCGUCCCUGAACUUUGUCCACCGAGAUUUGGCGACGCGUAACUGCCUGGUGGGGGGAGAGCGUGGCGAGCCAGACGACGGCAGCGGCGAACGCCAGAUCAAGAUCGCUGACUUUGGCAUGAGCCGCAACUUGUAUGCCGGCGACUACUACCGCAUCCAGGGCCGCGCCGUGCUGCCCAUCCGCUGGAUGGCCUGGGAGUGCAUCCUCAUGGGGAAGUUCACUACUGCCAGUGAUGUGUGGGCCUUCGGAGUGACUCUGUGGGAGAUGCUCAACAUGUGCCAAGAACAGCCCUACUGCAACCUGACGGAUGAACAGGUCAUCGAUAACGCUGGGGAGUUUUUCAGGGACCACGGCAGACAGGUGUAUCUGUCCCGGCCGGCCGUGUGUCCCCAGGGCCUGUACGAGCUCAUGCUGAGCUGCUGGAACAGAGACUGCAAGCUGCGGCCCUCCUUCGCCCACAUCCACUCCUUUCUCACCGAGGACGCCAUGAACAUGGUGUAGAGACACCGGGAGAGAGAGAGAGAGAGAGAGAGAGAGAGAGAGAGAGAGAGAGAGAGAGAGAGAGAGAGAGAGA